AUGCGUUUCCAGACCAACUUUGCCCUCACCGCCCUUGCCGGCCUGACCGCCGCCUCGGCCGCUGCCGACACCUUGGACAAGAUCUUCAAGGCGGACGUUUGCGAGCUGAUCAAGCCCGAGAAAGAACUGAACCUCAAGACGCCCGAGGAGGAGGUGGCCACAUACAACAAAGAUCUCGAGAUGUGA